UCUGUUUAUACCUAAAAACCCUAUUCCCUCUCUCUUCCCUUUCUGCACCCUUCACCGUCUCUCCUUACAAAUUCAUUCCAGUUCGUGAGCUCUAGAGCUUCCAUCCAUGGCGUCGGCGACGUCUGGCGAAGGAGCCUCCCAGGGCGGCGGCGGAAAGUUUUGGAAGAGGCCAUUUUAUAGGCAGCGAGCGACCCCUUACGAUCGGCCGCCGACCGCCCUCCGAAACCCGAACAAGGAAGGCUGGUUAACGAAGCUUGUGGACCCGGCCUCCAAACUCAUCUCUGCCAGCGGUCGCAUCUUCUUCUCAUCCGUCUUCCCCAAGCGCCUCCCUCCUCCCUCUCCAGAAGAAAACCAGGAAACAAGGGAUAGGCUCCAGCAUUCAGUUCCCAAUAUUCCCCUUGGAGUGCAAGUACCAGCCUUAGAUGGUGGUAGCAAUCCUGCUAAUAGCUCUGAUGGUAGUGGAAUUUCUGAACUUGAGCAAAUACUAAAGCUAAAGACGUUUACCAGCUAUGAAGUUGAUCGUUUGACAGAAUUGCUGCGGUCAAAAACUGUUGAUUUACCUAAUGAGGAUGUUGACAAAAGGAUGGAAUUAAAAGUUCAGCAGGCAGCAAGUGUUCUUGAAAGACAUGGCGGACUCAUAAAUAGCCAAGUGCAAGGAACUAGGGUAGAAACUAACUUGGAUAGAUGUCAUGGAGGUAUUUCGACUCAUGUUGUCAGUUCACAGGUCCCAGAAGAGGAGGUUGCUACACCGGCUGAGAUUGCCAAAGAAUACAUGGGUGGUCUGUCAAAUAUGUCGCCGUCAAUGUUAGGUUUGCGGCAUCAAGCACGGGGGGAAGGUGGAAAUAUGCCGAAUAGUGUACUAGUUACUCCAAAAUCACCAGUCCCGCCCCUCGUACCCAAGGCUUCUGUUCAUGGUGGGGCUCCUGAAAAUGGCUUUAGAACCCCGAGAUUGCGAGGCAGGUCUGCAAUAUAUAACAUGGCUCGAAUGCCUUAUUCCAGAAUUAAUCCAACUUCUGCUCAAAAGGGUAGCAGUCCUGCUUAUGAUGGAUAUGGUGGAGCAUUUGCAUUAUCAUCUCAAUAUGCAAGGGAGAGUGAUGGAUUAGUUGGGUCUAAACAAUUGGCCCUUAAGCGCAGGAGUUGUGUCUUAGAAAAUGAUGUUGGAUCUGUUGGUCCUGUACGCAGAAUUCGACAAAAGACUAAUCUUUUGACUGCCAAAAGUUUCAGCUUGCUGUCAUCUGGAAGUCCUCUUCCUAGUUGUGUAAUGGGAGUUGUUUCUGAUCCUGACACUGAUACCACUCAAUCACCUGCAUCUUGGACUCAGAAGCAGCCUUCCUUGGAUGGACCUAACUACAGAACUUCAAAAACAGUGGGGGAGAACAGGGAUAAUGACAUUCCUAGUACAAGUUACACACUGGUCCCUUCCAAGUCCACUGACAUGGCUACAAGAAUAUUUCACCAGCUUGAGAAGUUGGUUCCAAUGGAGAAAUCAUCAGCAGGGCAGGUAGCCACUGUGAGGGAAAAAUUACCUAGUAAAUUGACAACUAACAUGCUAAGUGGACUGGCUCUUAGAAGCCUGGAGGAUGUGGAUUCAUCAAAAAUUAUACAUGAUGCCUUUGACAAUCAGAAGUACAAUGAUCUACUUGAUACCUCUUUGCUUGAUGCUCGUGACACCACAUCUGAGGAGGAAGACAAAGUUGAAGAAAAUGGACCAAAAACUUCUUCACCUUCUCAGAAGAGAUUGGCUCCUGUACCAAAAAGUGAUACUACUGUUUCAGUGCAAGAUAUUGUACCCAUUGUUAAGAAAACUGCAGAAGUCAUUACAUCAUUUUCCUCUCAACAUCCACAAAAGAAAUGGGCUUUUCAUAUGAGUGCGCAUGAGGAUUUCCUGGACCUGGAUGAGGACCUGGAUGAUGAGAUUCAUUUGAGUGAAGCUGGAUCCACACCAUUUCCUGAGCAGAGAGAAAAAUUAGAGAAGUCUAUGUUGGCAAGCAAGGCUAGGUCUAGCAAAGCAGUUACAGUGGACAAGACUCUAAUUUCCUCCGAAAUGAAGACACUUGAAGGUCCUGUAAUGAAGCAAUCAGAUGACUUUGGUGCAUCUGAUCCGUCUGUGAGUGGUGAAAAAAAGACAAGCUUUACUUUCCCUACAAUCUCUUCUUCCCACAUUAGUUCUCAUGAAGCUUUGGUGACUCAAUCAACCUCAGCAUUUGAUAAGAAUGUUCCACGUAAAGAUCAAAUUGCACCUACUCCUUUAUUUAGUUGUAGUUCUGACAACAUUGAUAAGGUUUCAGCGCUGGCAUUUUCUUCCCUAUCCUCUGCCAGUGAAUUUGUAGGCCUAAAAGGUAGUGCUCCAACAGAAUCAAAGCCAGAAAGUUCAUACAGCUUGUUGGCCAAUGUUGCCUCUGUUACAGCUGACACUUCACCAGACAUUGUUGAGUCAGACAAAGGGGACAAUAAAAAAACUCAAUUACCCGGAGAUAUAGUGGGAAAACCAGAAAAUUCAAACUCUGUUUUAUCAACAUCAAUAUCAUCAAGCAGCACUUUCUCUUUCGGUGCCUCUGACAAUAAUUCAAGUUUAAGAAAUGGCUCAAUUGCUCCGGUUUCUUUAUUUUCUUCCCCUACUCAUAUACAAGUUUCCAGUACUUUUGCAAACCAUACUGCAAAUAACUUUACCGAUUCUGUCUCUUCAACUACUGGUGUAAUGUCUGAUAAUGGCAUUGCCACAACUGCUUUGAUUGGCAGUGUCUCUACCACUGCUGCAGACCCCCCUUCUCCAGCAGCCACUGUUUUCAAGUUUGGGUCCACAAUUGCCCCAUCAAAUUCGGUUUUGACAAUAUCAACUUCUAGUGCAGAAACUACAGAUUUGAAGGCCAAAACUGAGAAGGAAACAAUCUCUGCCAACCUAAGCAGCUCGACUUUUGGUGGCACAUCAUCAGAAAUGCCAAGCACAGGAAAUAACAUUUUUGGAUUUAGUGCUUCCGCCAAUUCUUCAUCCACGAAGGGUUCCCUUCUUGACAUCAGUAGUGGAUCCUCGGCCGACACACAGUCUUCAACUGUUGGAACUGGGAUUUCAACUUUUACAAAGGGCAUGCCUAUGCAGUUUGGGUUGUCUGUUUCAUCCCUAGUUUCUGGGACUUCUGCGACUGCAUCUUUCACUUCUAGCAGUUCUCUCUUUGGUGCUCCAGCAAAAGUGUUAGCUUCAAGCCCUAGUUUUGGUCUUAAUUCUUCGGCUUCCUCAUUUGAGUCAAAUUCCGUCUGCUCUAGUGGUGCAGCUUCAAGCUUAUUUGGUUCUAGUUGGCAGACCCCAAAGUCUCCGAUCUUCAAUUCUACACUUGAUUCUGUAUCUCCAUCGACUGGGUUCUCCUUUGGAACAUCCUCUGUUUCUGUUGCUGCCACCAACAGUGUUCCUAUGGUGUUUGGAUCAUCUCCUAGUGCCUCAUCAGGUUCUAUUUUCCCGUUCUCUUCAGCUUCUGCUUCUUCCCAAACGCAGCCUGUGUUUGGUAGCUCCGUGUCUGUCUUUGUUGGUAAUGGCGAUCAGAUGAACAUGGAGGAUAGCAUGGCUGAGGACCCUGUACAGGCAUCUACACCUGCAGCCCCAGUAUUUGGUCAACAGCCCAUCUCAAAUCCUUCAUCCAGCUUUGUAUUCAGUUCAACAGCUCCACGAACAGGAGUUCCCUUCCAAUUUGGUGGUCAACAGAAUCAGAGCACUAUGCAGAAUACAUCUCCAUUCCAGACACCUGGUAGUCUAGAGCUUGGUGGUGGAGGGAGCUUCUCUUUGGGUUCUGGCGGUGGUGACAAGUCUGGUCGAAAAAUUGUGAAAGUUAAACACAAACCCCGGAGGAGGUAAAAACAUGAAAUAAUUGGUUCUUUGAUGAUGGAUUACACGGGUUAAUUUGAAGGCAGUUUUUUAUGGUUAGAGAUUACUAGCUCAGUCCUUUGAAGUUUCUGAGUGUUGGCAAAUCAAGAACAGCCUGUUCGCAUCUUGGAUUAAGGCGAUCUUGUUCGGCCCUUCACAAUUUUCGUUGAAUUGGCAAAUUUACCUAGUUGCUUUGCUGGCAUUAAAUGUCACAAUUUUGGAUGUCUCUCAAGUGAGAACCCAUGAACCGUUGUACUAUAUUUAGUAGUAUUUCCUAGGCUUUGUGGAUUUUGUGCUAUCAAUACUGCUUUGUGUACGCUGUAAUGUGUAACAUAAGCGGGAAAUAUCUAAAGUGGUGUUCCUUUUGAAGUCCAAAGCUAGUCACCUGUGGCUGUCUUGGACAUCGAUAGUUUUUUUCGCCAAUGUUUUACAUGAGUAGAAACAUUCUGUUCUGCCUCUAGAUUGAUGUGCAUGUACUUUUUCUCUUUUACC